AUGAAUACCGAUAAUGAUAACAAUCCAACCAGCAAUGCAAGCAAUAAUGCAGCUAAUACGGCUAAUAAUGCAGUCAAUUCAAGUAAUAAUUCUGCUCUUAAUUUAAAUAAUUUAAAGCAGCAGCGAUCAACAGUGAAAAGGAACAUGACCUCGAUUCGAUCUAAAAUAGAGAAGGAGAAGGACGAAGUAGAUCCAACAAUUCUGGAAUGUCGACUACAAAUUCUAGAAUCUCAUUUCAAACAAUUAUGCCAUAUUCAAUCACAAAUCGAACAAUUAAAUCCAGAAGACAAUGCCAGAGCUGAUUUUGAAGAGCUAUUUGUUGUUUCAAAGGCGAAAAUACUUAAUUUGCUUAAAGAAACUCGAAGUAAUACUUCAUUUGAAAACAGUGUGAUGAAUACAACAUCCAAUUUCAGUGUUGCCCACAAUUCUCGUUUACCAUUUUUAAAAUUGCCAAAAUUUGACGGAAAAUAUGCCAACUACAAUCGAUUUAUCGCAGCAUUUAAGCAUUUGGUGCACAAUGACCCAACCUUAUCUAAUGUCGAUAAAUUCAAUUAUUUAUUAUCAUGUCUUACAGGCCCUGCACUUGCAGUCAUCGAAGCCUUUCAAAUUACAGCAGAAAAUUAUCCAAAGGCUAUGGCACGAUUGAAAGAACGUUUCGAUAAUAAGGUAUUAAUAUUCUUAGACCACAUUACUGAACUCUUUAAUAUUCCAGGAAUGAUUAAAGCUGAUCCGGCUUCUCUACGUAAACUAAUUGAUACUGUUGCAGCAUUAAGAUCAUCAUUGCUUUCAUUGGGCUCAGAAGUAGAAGUUAUGAAUGCUAUUAUAAUUUAUAUAGUCCUAAGUAAAGUUGAUGCAGAAACAAAAUUUGCACAUGACGAAAAGCAAGAAUUUGAAAAAAUGCCUUCUUGGGACGAAUGUUAUAAGAUGUUAAGUCGGCGUUGUCAAUUUCUUGAAGGACGAGCUACGUCUAUAAACGCUUCCGAAAAUAAAUCACGAAAUAAUUUUAAUACUGUACCAAGAAGAGUAUUACAAACGCAUCUCAGUGUCAAAUCUGGUUGUGAAUUUUGCAAGGCAGCUGACCACUUUUUAGGAAAAUGCCCUUCGUUUUUAGCAACGCCAGUUUCUCAGCGCUUUGACUUUGUUAAGAAAGCAGGCUGCUGCAUAAAUUGUUUGACAAAAGGGCACUCCGUUACAAAAUGUAAAUCCGAAUCACGUUGCAGAAUUUGUCGUUCAUCACGUCAUACUCAUUUACACAAAUUUACAAAUACUUUGAUUAAUUCAUCAAUUAGUUGUCCAAGUAUCGCAAUUCAAGAGCAAGGACAGCUACAACAAUCUAACAGCGCUGUAACAUCAUUAUUAAUUCAGUCUUCAAAAAGAGCAAUUAUUCCUACUGUUCUGGUAUUUGUGAUGGACAAGUUUGGGCUUAAGCAUCCAGUGCGCGCACUUUUAGAUUCCUGUUCCGAAUUAAACUUUAUUACAGAGGAAACAGCCAAAUUAUUGCAUUUAAAAUGGCAAUACUCUACUCAAGAAGUCUUUGGUAUUUCCAAUUUGAAAACACAUUUCAAUUAUAAUGUAUAUGCAACUGUGCAUUCUCGCACGUCCGAUUUUGAAUGGUCUUCUCAGUUUACAAUUACGAAAUCUAUUUCCUCCGUAAACCAUAGAGCCUACAUUAAUGUAACAAAAUUUCAAAUUCCUACUAAUAUUCAAUUAGCGGAUCCAUUAUUCGAUAGACCUUGUCAAGUGGACAUGCUGAUUGGUGCAGAAAUCUUCUUUGAUUUAUUACUUGAUGGCAAAAUUUCGUUAGGCAAAGACAUGCCAUAUUUAAUUAACACUGUUUUCGGUUGGGUAGCAGGAGGCACGCAUAGUACAGACUUAUGUUCUAAAUCAUAUGAAUGCAACUUUACUCAAAAAUUACACAAUGAAGAUACAUUCCUUGAACGAUUUUGGGAAUUAGAAGAAUACAAAAUAAGCUCCCCGCAACUCAGCGCAGAGGAGAAAAAUUGCGAACAGCACUACAUCAAAACAGUAACAAUCACCGAAAAUGGGCGAGUUCAAGUAAGAUUACCUUUUAAAGUCAACCCCGAUGUUUUAGGAAAAUCAUUUCAUCUAGCUAAACAACGUUUUCUUUCACUGGAACAUAGGUUGCAACGAGAUCAAGUUCUAUACAAAAUGUACUCAGAGUUCAUGAAUGAAUAUGUAUCAUUAGGGCAUAUGUCUAAUAUAAAAGCAGUAGAUUUCUCGAAGCCACACUACUUCAUACCACACCACUGCGUUUUAAGGCCUCAAAGUCUCACAACAAAGCUUCGAGUCGUGUUUGAUGCUUCAGCAAAGACUUGCUCUAAGUAUUCUCUAAACGACACACUUAUGGUUGGACCGACUAUUCAACAAGAUUUAAUAACUACGCUCAUGGCAUUUCGAUUACAUAAGUAUGCAUUGACAGCGGACAUUGCAAAAAUGUACCGCCAAUUUUUGAUGGACAAACGUGAUAGAUGGUUUCAGUUAGUGUUGUGGCGAGAUAAUCCUCACGCUGAUUUACAGAUUUUUCAAUUAAAUACAGUGACGUAUGGAACAUCAUCCGCUCCGUUUCUGGCUAUUCGAUCGCUCUUUCACAUUGCAGACAUGCAUAUUCAUAAAUUUCCAAUUGGUGCUUCUACGUUAAAAACAGAUCUCUAUGUUGAUGAUCUUCUCACCGGCGCUAAUACUAUUACUGAAUUACUAAACAAAAAAAUAGAAAUUACAAAUUUACUAUCAAAGGCUGGAUUACAACUCGCAAAAUGGAGUUCUAAUUGCGACAAAGUAGUGUCGAGCAGUGAUGAAAGUUUCAAUAUCAAAUCUAGCGCAGAUCCCAUCACGAAGGCAUUAGGCAUGGUUUGGAAACCAAAAAGUGAUUUAUUCUGUUUUCAAUACGAAAUUCCGACUCAUGACAUUCAUACAAAGCGAUCGGUUCUAUCAACUGUGGCUAAAAUUUUUGAUUUAUUGGGACUUUUAAGUCCAAUUAUCGUACGAUGUAAAAUUCUAAUUCAGGAAAUUUGGAUACAAAAUUUGAGUUGGGAUGAAACUCUGCCUCCAAAGUUACUAACAUCAUGGUUAAACAUAAGAGAUGAUUUAUACUUUUUAAAUUCUAUUAAUGUACCUCGUUAUGUUUUUACUGACAGUGAAAUUAAGAGUGAAGUUCACGGAUUUUCCGAUGCUUCACAGCGUGCCUACGGUUGUUGCAUUUAUAUACGUACAAGAUUGAAUGAUACAUGGAAUGUAACUCUUUUAAUUGCUAAAUCAAAGGUAGCGCCGAUUAAGGCACAAUCCCUACCAAGACUUGAACUGUGUGCAGCCCUCUUAUUAAGUAGAACAUGGAAUAAAGUCAUGUCCAAGGUUGAACAAUUCGUGAAUUCAGUAUAUUUUUGGACAGAUUCUGAGGUGGUUUUACAGUGGCUACAAAUGCAUUCAUCUUCUCUUAAUUGUUUUGUAGCAAAUCGUACAUCAGAAAUUCAAGAAAUGACCAAAAACAUCAAAUGGCAUCACGUACCAUCUAAAGACAAUCCUGCAGACAUUGUUUCUCGCGGUUGUAAUGCUGAAGAAUUACCUAAAACAAUAUGGUUCAGCGGACCUGCAUUUUUAUAUUUACAUACAGAUCAAUGGCCGUCACGUAAAAUUGGUGACAUUAAAGCACAUCCAAUAGAACUACGCAAAACACUCACAUUAAAGUGCAGAAAGAUUGAUAAUGAGAACUCAAUACUUUUAGAGAUAAUACACAAUAAUUCAUCUUACUAUAGAAUUUUACGUAUAUGUACUUAUAUUUUUCGAAUGUUUAACAAAGAAUGCCCUGACAAACAAUUAAAGCUAACUGAUAUCAUGCACAUAUCAUCAAAGGAAUUAGACAUCACCUUUUGGAAAAUCAUUGCUGAAAUACAACGUGUAACCUAUUCACAUGAGAUUAAUUUAUUAGAAAGUGGUAAGACCAUAAGCAAUAACUUACAAAAACUUUCUCCGUUCCUACAUACAAAUGUGAAAGGCAACAAUGAGAUAAAAAUUCUUCGAGUUGGUGGAAGACUACUAAACGCAGAAAUUCCCUUUGAUGCUAAAUUUCCAGCGUUGGUUCCGAAACAUGAUCGAUUUGUGCAGCUUUAUAUUGACUUUCUACACAAAGAAAAUUUACAUGCUGGACCAAAGGUAUUAAUCGCUCUACUCCGUCAGAAAUUGUGGAUAAUUAAUGCAAGAGAAGCAGUGAGAAAGGUUGUUAGCUCAUGCGUUCACUGUUUUCGGUACAAACCAAAAUUAUUGAAUCAAAUUAUGGGAAACUUGCCAGCUGAUCGUCUCAAGGCACAACGUCCAUUUUUGAUUAGUGGCAUCGAUUUUUGCGGACCAUUUUUCACAUCAUACCGUAUACGAGGCAAAGCUCCUUAUAAAACUUAUGUUGCAAUAUUUGUUUGUUUUGCUUCGAAGGCAUGUCAUAUCGAAGUAGUCACCGAAUUAUCAACUAAUGCAUUUCUUCUUUGUCUUAAAAGAUUUAUUGCUAGAAGAGGUGUUCCACAACGGCUAUAUUGCGAUAAUGCAACAAAUUUUGUUGGCGCACAAAAGAAAUUAAGAGAUUUUGCUAGUAAAUUUUUUCAGCAGAAGUCAAUUAAUGAAAUAAUGACUUUCUGCGGUAAGUCUAAUUUCGAAUUUUGUUUUAUUCCUCCUAGAGCUCCACACUUCGGUGGCCUUUGGGAGGCUGCUGUCAAAUCAACCAAACUACUAUUGGUGAAAAAUGUUGCUGAAGCUAAUCUAACGUUAGAAGAGUUUAAUACACUAAUAAUUGAAAUAGAAGCAAUAUUAAAUUCUCGGCCUAUUUGCGCAAACUCUGAUGAUCCCAACGACGGAGAAGCCUUAACUCCAGCACAUUUGUUAAUAGGUUCAUCAUUACGGGCCGCGCCAGAUGAAUGUUUAGACGACAAGAAACUAUCUUGUUUAUCUCGAUGGCAGCGAGUAACAUAUUUAAAACAUCGUUUUUGGGAAAUCUGGAAACGCGAUUAUAUUCUAUUUUUACAACAGCGAGCUAAAUGGUUCAGUCCUGAACCCAAUGUUAAACUUGGACAAAUAGUAAUCGUGCAUGAAGAUAAUUUGCCUCCUCAAAGGUGGGUGUUAGCGCGUAUAACCCAGAUUCAUCCAGACACUGACGGAAAGGUUCGCGUAGUUGACGUAUCUACACCACAGCGUACAUUUAAACGUCCAAUUCAGAAAAUUGCUCCUUUACCGUGUGAUACUUGUUGA